AUGAAAACAAUACUUCCAACAGCUCCCCAUAAUCGACAGCCGGCGAAGCAGCCAGCUACGAGAGAUUUAAACGUGUGCGGGUUGAUGUUAAGUUACGAACCCGCGCCGUCGUUAGUCAACCGUCAGCCGUGCGCUCUUUUUCUUGCUUUUCAAGGACAUCUCUGCGCGCGGCUCUCGCGGCGCGAGGUGGAUAGUUACCUACUUAGCACUUUAGUGUGCGGUGCUUAACUAAACAGGGCUGCAGAAUAGCCGGCCGGAUCGGAAGCGGGAGGUGGGAGCAUUUCUUAGCUCAGCUUGUGGCUGAAAAAAAGCUUUUAAGAGCGAACUUUUUCCCUCACAGCUCGUUCUCUUGCUCUCGCCCGCUUGCUCACUUCCUGCGACUGAAAAAGAACGGAUGGUUGAUGGGUGCUUCCACCGGAUCUAGCGGCGAAUGGGUUUCGUUGUGUUGGAGGCUAGCAUAAGAUCGCUUGGGGUUGAAAAGAUUAUGUUUUCUUACAUUUUCGGAAAAUAGCAAACAUUCGCUCUCGCAGCAAAGGCACCAGGCAGAGAGUGAGAGAUGAUUGGCUUAGUCUUGGUACGCCAGAUUUGGCGACUUUUGUGGGGAAAGAGUUGAAGGGGGUUUGACGUUCAUUCUAGAUUGGGAAUUGAUUCCGCGAUCUGUAGCGGCAGUUUUUGAGAAAAAUCUUACUGUGAAGACUAGUAAGAAUUCAGUGUUCAAGCUGUACUCGUCCUGAUCGGAGCCAUUGUUCGGGUCUACUCGGAGUGAAACCAAGACAGGCAGUAUCCGUCAAGCACUGCCCAUUUUUGUAGUGAUCUCGUUGUGAUAGUUUAUUUUAUUGAAUCGAGUGACACAGUGCGGUGUAUUGACAUAGUGCCCUAGAAUUCAGAUGUAACUGAGUGACAUAUGCAUCGAUCGCGAGGCGUUUUAAUCGUUAUGGAAUGACAGUGAUGGAAACGGAUUUUCCAACAUAGAUUGCCAUCGGUGGAAGCUUAUUCAGUGAGAAGUGUUGAGUAACUGUAACUGUGUUACUGUAAGUGUAACUGUGUAUUGGAUGAUUAUCAUUGAAAAUUGAGAAGUUCCACCAAAAUGAUUACCAUGGAUGUGCGAGACAACUUUACGGAUUUGACAUGGGCUUCGAACUAUAUUAUGAAGAUGGCACUGGACGAGUAUCAGGCUGAGCAGAAUUGGACACGGUUGAUUUGUCAGUACUGGGAGCUGGUGGAGGAUUUGUUAGGAGACCCCCGGGCAAAGGUGCUUCCGUUUAUGGACAAUCCACUGCCAACGUUCGGAAUGAUUGUGACGUAUUUGGCCUGGGUUUUGGUAGUUGGACCGACCUACAUGCGGGACCGAAAGCCGAUGCAGCUCACCAGGACACUGUUCUACUACAAUCUCUUCCAGGUGCUGCUGAGUGCGUACAUGUUUUACGAGCAUUUGAUGGCCGGCUGGGCGAGAGGCUACAGUUUAACUUGCGAACCAGUAGAUUACACGGACGGGGAGCUUUCUAGAAGGAUGUUCAACCUGUGCUACAUCUACUACUUGUCGAAAUUGAGCGAAUUUGCGGAUACUGUAUUUUUCGUUCUGCGGAAGAAGAAAUCGCAAAUUUCCUGGCUUCAUCUGUACCAUCAUUCUCUGACACCCAUCGAAGCAUGGAUAUUGACCAAAUUCCUUGCUGGAGGAAACACAACUCUUCCGAACAUCAUCAACAACUUUGUCCAUACGCUGAUGUACUUCUACUAUCUACUGUCGUCGAUGGGACCUCGCUAUCAGAAGUACCUGUGGUGGAAAAAAUACAUGACCGAGAUUCAGAUCGCUCAAUUCAUCAUCUGCAUUGUGCACGCCAUCAACGCACUGGUGACGGAUUGUGCCUAUCCGAAGUUCAUCACAUCCCUGCUACUGCUCAACGCCAGCAUAUUUUUCGCACUGUUCAUGAACUUCUACUGGGAGAACUAUAAAAAAACGGCGGCUAGGGUGGCACCAGCUAAAACACCACUGGUUGUCGAGAACAACAACUGCAUACCGCUGGAUUAUUCGAUCGAACGGAAGGACCAAUGAACAGUGCCCAUGCAAUACAACACUGCAAUACCGAAAAGUCUGAAAAAGGAACCGUAAGUGAUUCGUUCAAGUGUCUCUAGGGCACAACGCGCUACCGUAUGUAAAUAGCAGAUUUCAAAUGCACUCGAUGUGUUCCACGUUCUAUGUUUUACGUUAGUUAGGAUUAUUAAACGUCGUAAUUGAUAUGCUAGUAGGUAUUAUAGGCUUAUAGAUGAAUUAUGUUUCGUUUUAUGUUAGACGCCGUUUCGAUCAAGACUGCAAAUGUUGAAAGUACCGAGUAUCAUUUUUUUUCUAAUUGCUCAAUCUUGUAUUGUAUCUCUUGAUUGUAAAUAAAGUCCUGCUAAUUUGUUGGAAAAAUAUCAGGAAAAAAUCCGAAAACAAAGACCGCGCUAUCGCGCUGAGUAUUUUAUCAUGUGUUUUAUUUAACCGCCUAUUUUUUAAGGUAAGUAAAGAAUUGCUCAACGUCACUAAUAGCAAGAAAACCAUAUUAAGUAUUGUAUUACAGUACUGACCCGAUUUUGUCAGCCUCUUUUUGUGGAUAACUUUUUGCUCUCACAACAUCUCGUUAAAUUUCUAACAGGAAGUGUUUGAAAGCUACAUGAUCGUGUAAAUUUAAAGUGCACUCGAUUGAAAAAUAAGAGAUUGAUCGUUGACAUUUAAGUUUAUUUUGAUGCUCCAAAUAUGUGCAUGAAAAUAAACCUAACGUGCAUUAAGAGAAAGUUACACAUUGUGCAUUAAAAAAUGACCCAUGACUUUGAAAUCCAUUUUUGAACCGAUGUUGGUUCUUUUAGCUAUAUAUGAAAGAUGUAGAGCUCUACAAUGGAACAUUGGAUUUUUUGAGUAUGACCAUUCUGGGCACAUGGGCACAUAUCAUUUUCAGAAGUUCAUACGCAUGUUGGUACGACGCUUAAAAUUUCACGGUUUUUAAUUCAGAUUGACAAAAGCACCAAGAGAACCAACAAUUAUAUUUGUCCGGAUUUUGUCGAAGUAUUCCGGAACAGGUCUCAAUAGGCUGU